AUCCAGCUAUUGAAGUCCCAGACAAGGAAACUACAAAUGUGAAUUUCUGAUUUAAAGAAACACUAAAACAUAAACCGUCAACUGCAACAAAAUGCUUCAAUGCGGGAAUUAUUAUCUGCUUUUAUUUUGCUUUGUGUGGAAAAAUGUUGUCACUUUAACCGAUGAUGCACAUAAAGUAUCUGUCGUUUCAAAUCGCUACAAUACGUACCAAAAAUUCAAGCCGCAAACCAACUUAGCUCCACACCACUUAUCUAAUGAGGCUUCGCAAAACUCGUAUAUUCCCCACGAAUCCCCUUUGUAUACAGUUACUCUGGGAACUGAAUCAUCGGUGGUAACAACUACAAAAUCUCCGCCUGUGGGAUUACACGUAUCUCAUAAUGCUGCAUUGCAUACUGGAAGUGGUAGUGGACAUUCGACUCAUAUAGAGCAACAUUUGCAUAGAAGUUCAUACAACCUGCUAAGUGAAGCCAUGUCGCAGGCAGUCAGCAAUGAAUUCAAUUCAAUUGGAAGUGGCUCUGCAGAUGGUGCUUGCAACCCAGAAGAAUUUGACUGCUAUAAUGGAAAUGUACAGGAUCGUUUUGGCAUGGAGGCGAUUGCCAGCUUGCAUCGUCAACUUGAUGAUGAUGAUAAUGGAAACAUUGAUUUGAGUGAAUCAGAUGAUUUUUUACGGGAAGAACUGAAGUAUGACUCAGGCUAUGAAAAACGGCAAAAGGCGUUUCAUUUUAAUGAUGACAUGCAUAUAUCGGUCAAAGAGCUGUGGGAAGCUUGGCUGAGAUCAGAGGUACAUAACUGGACUAUUGAACAGACUACAGACUGGUUGGCCCAAUCUGUACAGCUUCCACAAUAUGUAGAUCUCUUCAAGUUACAUAAAGUCACUGGUGCCUCUUUGCCAAGGCUAGCUGUGAAUAACUUGCAGUACGUUAGCAAUGUCCUUGGUAUUAAAGAUCCCAUUCAUAAGCAAAAAAUUUCACUAAAAGCAAUGGAUGUAGUGCUCUUUGGGCCACCACGAGAAACCGGCACCCGUUGGAAGGACUAUAUAUUGGUGACCCUGUUGCUAAGCGCCAUUAUCGGUUGUUGGUAUGCUUACCAGCAAAAUAAAAAUGCCAAGCGUCACUUACGUCGUAUGGCACAGGAUAUGGAAGGAUUGCAGAAAGCCGAACAAAGUCUACAGGAGAUGCAGAAGGAGCUGGAACGAGCUAGAAUGGAGCAAGAAAAUGUAGCAACGGAAAAAAUGGAUCUUGAACGGCGUCUUAAAGAGGCCCCCUCUCUGAGCUCAUCAAACUCAGACUUAGAAGUGUUGCAGUUGAAAAAAGAAAUUGAAAUGCUGCGAAAUGAAUUGUCACGGGCCGAGUUCGAAUUGGUUGAUAACUGCUGGGCCCCACCUCCGCAGCUUCAAUCAUGGCUGCAAUACACAUAUGAAUUAGAAAGUAAGAAUCAUCAAAAAAAGCGUGCUUCUGCAGAGAAACAGCUUCAGUCAGCAAGAGAGGCAUGUGAAAAAUUGCGCAAAAAACGCUCGAGUUUGGUUGGAGCAUUUGUGUCUACUCACGGGAAAAGUAUUGAUGACGUUGAUCGUUCAAUUGUUGAGGCACGCAAUGCCCUAGGAGAAGUAACAAACGAACUACAAGAACGCCUGCAUCGCUGGAAACAAAUCGAGACGUGCCUUGGAAUAAACAUUGUUAAUAACAAUGGAUUGUCGUAUUUGGAAAAUGUACUGUAUGGUCGUAAUGGAGGCUUACAAGGUUCGAUUGGUGUAAGUGGUGCAAAAGGCUCAAGAACACGAAUUACUAGCAGUACUGAUGACCUAGAUGACGAGUCUGUGCAAGGUAAGCUGAACUUUGAGAACUUUUCACUGCUCGCAACGGAAUAAACCUGCUGCGUCCGAUUGCCACAGGCAAAACAAUACAGCGCAAACAAACUGACAACUUACAAAAAGUAAGAAACAGACCAGGAUUGCCCUUUAUUUUUCGAGUCUCACUGAAAUUGUUUAGAAAUAAGUGAUUCUAUGUUAAUGAAGGUCUUGUAUUAACGAUUAUGUAUAAAAUUGUAAUAUAAAUUUGUAUCUUAUCAUUGAUGUAGCUAAAAUGGCAUCUAUUAUGUUAUAUACAAACAUUUUUCAAACAGAAGCGAAAAAGGACGUGAUAUACUUUAAACUGUUAUGCACGUAUUGAAUGUACUUACAGAUAAAUAAUUUAUAUUAAUCCAAAUUUGUUACAAAAACUAAA